CUAUAAAAGUCCAGGUGCAGGAACUGGCAAGUAUGUCCACAGGUCUCCAGCGCCUUUUGGAAACAUACUGACAAGAGAAAAGCUAUUCAAAGAUGACGCCUUUGAAAAUUACAGCGGUCAUUUUAAUCUGUUCUGCCCUCCUUUUUCAGACACAAGGUGCUUCAUUGUAUCCACCAAACUCUCAGCUGGUACGGCAAAGGAGAAUGACACCUUUCUGGAGAGGAAUCUCAAGGCCAAUUGGUGCCUCAUGCCGGGAUAACAGUGAAUGCUCCACAAGACUAUGCAGGAGCAAACAUUGUUCUUUAAGAACAUCUCAGGAAUGAUUCUUCACUGACAACCUUCGACAAUGCUCCUUCCAGUUUAUUUAUUAUUACCCCACCUAACAUCAUUUCAUCAAGAGCUAUUCAAGAUUUUCAUUUAGCAGUUCAGUUUUAUGGUUGCAAGGGACUUCAACAUGCCAGAAAUACAUGCUAAUUUCAGUUACAUUUUCCCAUCAUAUUCAAAGGUGGGCUUUUAGCCAAGCUACAGUAGCUUAAAUGGAUCAUGCUUUUUAUAUUGUUUAUAUGCCAUGUUUUUAUGCAAGAUAUUAAAACUCCAGAUGAACAAA